AUGGGCUACCUUAUGCAAGGGAACAGUCCUAAACUUGUUCGGGAGUAUUUACAGAAGCAAUUGAAAGCGCUCCAGCUGAAGUAUGUGGACCUAUACUUGAUACACCAUCCCGCUGGGAUCAAUGCUGAUGAAGUGAUAAAACACGAAGGCAACACAGUGGACAAUACAGGGUUGAAACUGGACAUGACGACUGAUCACGUGGCUUUAUGGAAGGAAAUGGAAAAACAAGUGGACGAUGGACUAACUAAAGCGAUUGGUCUAUCAAACUUUAACGUCAAACAGAUAGAGCGUAUUCUUAAAGUGGCUCGCAUACCUCCAGCAAACUUGCAGAUAGAGCAGUACCUCUACAAUCAGGGGAAGGCAGAGCAAGAGUUGUGUAGGAAGAAAGGUAUCACAAUGACGUCAUACUCCACACUUGGCUCACGUAGCGUACCUAAUGGGCUGCUUUCUGGAGCGAACUUAAAUCCUCUGCAGGAUCCGGUAGUCUGCCGCAUAGCCAAGUCCCACAAUAAGUCGACAGGUCAAGUUCUACUGAGACAUGUCCCUAACAGUUGGGCAUCGCUAUCAUCCCUAUCCAACCCAAUCAGAAUUCGUGAGAAUUUUCAGGGAGGCAUUUGGAUUUCUUUGAUUUUCCUGGUCCCGUUUGAGCGGAAACGUCUCCGUGUGGAGAAAUUCUUUAGGCCUCAGGGCAAACGUGAGAGAAGUUUGGCCAAGAGUUUGUGGCCAGAGGUGAGGGACACCUGA